UCUGCCAGGUUUACAAGGGUUUACACUUGCUCCUGGGGAAAUGGACUGAGGGCAGUGCCUGCUCUGUGGUAAAAGCAGAUGUUCUCUCUUUUUGGAGGCGUGUGUGUGACUGCAAGACUCCAGCUGCCAACUGACUCUUGGUCAGAAAGUUAUUGACUGGCCUCGUCAGCAGAAGACACAGUUUUUCACCUUUCUGCUCUAAGUAUAAACUUCUCUUUCUUUGCCCUUGUUGAUGUGCUUGCUUCUAGGAAGGAAAAGCGAGUUGUGAGGGUAAAACAAAUGAUGGUUACUGCCAAGGUGUGGGUUCUCAAGAAGCAUUUUGAGGGUUUCCCCAAAAUCAGCGACUUCGACCUGAAAAAGAUAGAGCUGCCAAACCUAAAGGAUGGAGAGUUGCUGCUUGAAUCAGUGUUUCUCAGUGUUGAUCCUUACAUGAGACCUUACAGUCGAAGGGUCAUGAAGGAAGAUGACAUAAUGAUAGGCACACAGGUUGCCAGGAUUGUAGAAAGCAAGAAUCCUGCUUUCACAGUAGGGGUCUUUGUUGUGGCUAGAAGUGGCUGGAGAACCCAUUUCAUCUCUGAUGGGAAAGACCUACAAGCCCUUCCUUCUGGUUGGCCAGAAUCGCUCCCCAGAUCUCUAGCUCUUGGGACUAUUGGCAUGCCAGGCCUCACUGCAUAUUUCGGUCUGCUGGAGGUCUGCAAGAUGAAGCCAGGGGAGACUGUGCUGGUUAAUGCUGCAGCUGGUGCUGUGGGCUCUGUGGUGGGUCAGCUUGCCAAGAUUGGGGGUGGCAAAGUUGUUGGCUGUGCUGGCUCAGAUGACAAGGUUGCACAUCUGAAAAAAAUAGGCUUUGAUGAAGCCUUUAAUUACAAGACUGUUACAUCUCUGGAUGAAGCACUGCAUAAAGCCUCUCCUGAUGGCUAUGACUGUUUCUUUGACAACGUGGGUGGAGAAUUUGCCAGUGUUGCUAUCAACCAGAUGAAGAAAUAUGGAAGGAUUGCAGUCUGUGGAGCCAUCUCUCAGUACAAUGACUCUGUGCCUCAGAAAGGACCUUAUGUGCAGAUGCCAAUGAUCUUCAAAGAACUUCGAAUGGAAGGGUUUCUUGUGACCAGCUGGAAUAACCGCUGGGAGGAAGGUCUGAAGGCACUGCUAAAGUGGGUCAUGGAGGGAAAAGUGAAGUGCCACGAACAAGUUACUGAAGGAUUUGAGAACAUGCCAGCAGCUUUCAUUGGAAUGUUAAAAGGCGAAAAUCUUGGGAAAGCUGUUGUAAAAGUCUGAAGGUGACAUUCCUGGGGACUGGUGGAGGAGAAUGAUUCUGUUAAGUGCUUUUAACUCAUUGAUUGAAAUGUACAUUUCAGUCUUUCUGCUGGACAUUUGACAAUGAUAACUUCCGUUAAUUGGACUAAUAAGUGUCAGUAUAUGUCAGUUGAUUUGCUCUUGAAGAACUUGAGAGCUGCUUCUCAAAGCUACACAAAAAUACUGCCUUAAAACAGCUGAGCUUCCUCAGAGCUUUAACAGAUUUACUAGAAACUUGAACCUUUGUAUGAGUCAGAAUUGCUUUUCCUUUCUACAAGCCAAAAGCUUUACCAGCUGGUGGCACAUAUCAUGACUAUGUUUAACCAUUUAUUUAGCCCAGAGCUCAGCAAGAAGGAUUUUUUUAAAUCAAUAUAAUGAAGCAAAGAACAGGUUAAUAACACCUGGGGGUUCCCAGCUUUCUCUCUGGAUGGGUUUUUUAACUUUCAUCAGGAAAUGUAGGUAUUCUGGUUCUUUUGAGAUUAUGGAAACUAAAAAAUAAAUCUGUUAAUGAAUACUU